GAAGAAAAGUAUUUCAAACUCCGACGAUAUCCCAAGGAGUGGGUCUGGAUCUCGUGCUCUGCUUUACUGACGUUCAUUGCCGGCUCAUCUAGCGACCGCAGCCACAUGGAGUACGAUCCCUUGGUGGACCUUCCUGGCGGCGACAAUUUUCACGAUGUGACUGCAUUGUUUGAGGAUGCUGCCGAAGACAUGCAACCUGGGGCUCUCGUGUUGGCUGAAGGGGUUACACUACUGGAUGCAAUGUCGUCGUUCGAGAUAGGCGAACCACGCUUCGACAGCGGCUUGGCGCUUCUGGACAAAUCUAAGCCGUCGUUCAACCCCCUCGCCCCGCUUACCCCAGAGGAAGUGUGCUGGAUCAUCGAUCGCUCGUUUUCCUGCGAGAUGGAAUGGCACUCCGGUUACACUCUUUCGCAAACCAUAUUUUCAUUCCUUUACGUUCACUCCUUGAAAGACAUUGACCCUGACCUCGUCCCCGGAGACUCACCACCGCACCCAGACCGCUUGCGUCCGCCAGAGCUAAUCACGGUCAUUCUAAGGGCAGCUGUGUUAGGCCUUCUCAAGUGUUGUGACCUGUCCUGGAGGGAGCUGAAUAAAGGGAACUUGUAUGACGCUGAGGACUGGCAAAGCGAGAAAUGUGACGUGCCUCUCUCCGAAGCUCUACCCGUCAAAUAUAUCUGCAAGGUGCUUGAUGAAGCAUGUCAUUGGCUCGAGACCUCGGCCAAAGUUCAGCAACCUUGGAAAGCUAUGCUGAUGGAUCGAUUAAUGUUCAGGAAGUCACUGAUCGAGUUGUUCGAGACGCAAUUGUCUCAGCCUCAUUCUAGUUUGCUUCCGACAAUGAUCAAUCUAAGCCUGCAGUUAUUGCAUUCUACCAUGGCGGUACCUCCCUCAGAGCCCACGCCAGAUUCUCCAGCUCGCCUUGCAUUCGACCCUCAGUUUCCUCGUGUCAUCGUGUCAUACAUCCCCCUACAUGUCAUACAGCUACCCGACCAAGCUCAAACCUGGGCUUCGCUGGAGGGGCUAUUGACUUCGCUGAAGAACGUGAACGAUCUGGCAAAUACGGCUGAACUAAUGACAUGGGAGAUUUCUGGCCAUCUACAGCUGUGGUGUCCACAGCCCCAUAGUCGGUUUCCAUACGUGCGUUCAAUCACACAGUCCGCGUUCUGGGACGGCGUUCUCGUGCUCAACAAAUUUGCACUCAAACAUGUUGUGGUCCAGUUCUUCCGCGAAACGCUUGACAUUUCCUAUGACGCUUUCGCACAAACCAUAAUGACAAGGUGGCAGGGUGCGGCGUCUCCACCGCUCGCACAGAUUGAACGCAACAUGACGCAGAUACUGAUAGCGCACAUCAAGGCGUUAUGGUACAACCCAUCGCGGCGGCGCCGAUUCUGCGCGAAGUCGCUAUUCGACUGGCACGAGCUGUUUGCCGUGUUCAUGGACGUGUGUGUGCACCUUGCACCCUUGCAAGACCAAAAAAAGCUUGACCACGUCCGUCGCACCAGGGUAGCUGUGCUGAUGUGUAGGCUUUCUGUAAUCCGCGAAGUUGUUUUAUCGGGAUUCCAACUGUCACUGUACACAAAUGAAGAGCGCGUGUUUGCAUAUUGGUAUGUCGUACAGGUGCUUGAAAUGCACUUGUCCUGCAUAGAUCAACUUAUGCCAGGCAUGUCGAAUGAUUCAAAUGCCUACUUCGAGUUGUCAUAUCAGUCACAAUUCCUCACAGCAUUGCAGUCCCUCUCAAUAGCUAUCUUCGCUAUCACGGCCAAACAAACGACCUUCUCGUGGCGACGCACGAAGCUCAAUUUUCUGCGGCGCUACAAGUGGGCUUUCACGCCCGAGUACGAAGACAUUGAUGUACAACCCUUCGGACAUCCCAACUUCACUAAGUUUGCUGCUGCGUGUGAGUCUAUGCAAAAGGAUGAACAAUACCUCUCGCUGGACAAAAUCGCGCUCGCCAAAGAAAUUCUAUCGUGCUUGCUGACGUCACCCGAUGGUUGGGCAGGACGAUGGAACGAAGAACGGAAAAAGUUCGUCCAGAAGCUCCUAGAUGUGUGCAUCGAUUUACAGAGACAGCUCCCUUCAACCGAGCUGGCUUUGACGACAUGGGAUGCAAAUGCUUUUAAGUGGGAUGCGGAUGUUCAUCCUUGGUUUCCGGUUAUCUCUGAAUCCCCUUCGGCGCCCCCACGAUAGAUUGGGUGCUGUUCUUUACCCACUGAUAUAGCAUUCCUCGUCUGGAACACCGUGUUUCAGUCACUGGUGCUUAAUAUGAUGUCAAAACUAUCAUACAUAGUGUGACUCAGUACUCAGGACGCAAGUAUUGGCGUAAAGACAUGAAAGGUUUGACCCCCCUC